AUGGCCUGGUCAUCGUGGAAUGGAGGCUGCAAAGAGUGCGGCCAGUACAGGCAAAGAGUCGGUAAGUUACAAGACGAAAAUUUCAGUAUUUGUAACUCAAAGGCGUGUUUGUAGGUUUUCACUAUUGUUUUACAGCUUCAAGAGACUGCAUGCACAUCAAUAAGCUUUUAUUGAAAUGGAUGAAUUCUUAUGUAUUGAUGGCAAAAUAGACUGCAUUUAAAGUCAUGGGCAUUACGCCUUGGCCAAUGGAUUGAUAACCAAACAUGUAGGUUUAAGUUGAAUUGAAAAAAUGCAUUGUUUGUCAGUUUCUCUAUUCCCUAGGUGGACAAUUUGGCGGAAAGUUCAUUACUUCUUGUAAAUAAAUGGUUUCUCUUUAUUAAAAAAAGGGCUGACUUAGGCCCAAUCAUCAUUACUUAAAAAAAAUUAUAUAAAUAACCUUACUUCUAGAAUUCAACUGUUCCAGAACUCAGGAAUCACGGCCUUGUAAAUGUAAGUGGUUUCAUCCAUGAGGAUAAAGUAAAAGACUGAACUAAUUUCCUGUUUUAGAAAUUGCAAAAUGUUGCUCGACUGAUCUUUCAUUAAAUACCUCACUCUUCAAAACAACACUUUUUCUGCCGGAGUUUUAUUAUUUCCGAUUAGAUGCUAUAUUUACAUUUUCUCUCGCAAAACGAAGGAAAUUUUGUUCAGUCGUAAAACGAAAAGACUACCAUUGCACCUGCUGCACAGUAGGCGCGAUUUUGGCGAGCGAAUGCUUAGUGCUCUUAGUAUUUUCUUAUCGCUGCCAUUUUUUUAUUUUUACAACAUUAGGGAGUUGGGGAUGAGAAGAAACUUUUACGAAGGGGGUGAGCGACGGUUAAAAGAAAGGAUAGAGGAGGGAAUGGGGCAUUAGUUAUACAUUAAUCAUUACUUUCCUUUUCAAAAAUAAAGGUCUUCCUGAAAUUAAUUCUCGGCGAGAGAAGUCUGUCAAACUUAAUUCAACCCUUCAAGUGGAUUGUCUUGUGAGGGGUUUUCCUCAACCAGAGGUGAAUUGGACAAGAGAUGGAAAGCUACUUAAUACCGCGAACAAGCUCACCAUUAAACAAGUGACUUAUGGAGACGCUGGUCAAUAUACAUGCAGCGCUAAGAACAGUGAAGGGAAAAGUGAAGCAGCUUUUCAGGUUACAGUUACAGGUAAAUGUUAAUUUUACUUUUUCUCUUCCCGUUACUCUUUUCAUUGUCUGUUUUUUUUUUCUCUUAUUUCACCUUUUUUGAAUUGUGCUUCUUAAUUCCAUGGCCAGGUCCUCCUGAAAUUAAUCCUCAGCUCAUCAAUCAGUCGGUUACAUACAAUUCGCCUCUUCAGUUCAAUUGCUCUCUAAACGGUUUCCCUACACCUGAGGUACAUUGGGCUAGGGAUGGGAUACAUCUUGGCAAAAAGAACACUCUCACGAUUCGUCAAGCGAGGUUUGAAGACUCUGGCGAAUACACAUGUAGCGCUGAAAACCCCACUGGAAGCAAGAAAUCAACCUUUUGGAUUGAAGUGAAAGGAGGUACAGUUCUCAUUCAUACAAACGAAAAAGAGUUAUGGUUCAUGAUUUUAACAAAUGUUCAAUUUCGUUACUGCAAAAAUUCAAGAGUGAAGACAAUGCUCAUUUUGCGAAUCAGAUCUACGAGUUCAAAUCACAUAAAAGAGAAAAUUGAUUAAGGAUAAAAAGAUAUUUUAAUGAUGCUUUGAUGACAUUUAAAAAACGAGUUUAGAUCAACCGGUAAAUCAAACAUAAUGACAGAACUUAGAGAAAACGUAGAUUCUAAUUGGUCAAAAAUCUAUCGCCUAUUAUCCCGGUAAAACCAUAGAAAACUGAAAAAUUUUCCUGCCCUGCGAAACAACGCCAUACUAAACGAUAUCCCAGAUUUUAAGUUAUCGAAAGCCUUUGGCUUAAUGGAAUAGAGGAGGACGCUUUGAAUGCCGCGAUAAAAACUAAAAAAUUUAUUUUCUUAACAUUUAUCAAGUUUUCUAUUUAUAAAAUUUAGUUUAACUAACUGGUCGCGCCGUUUUAAGCUUUAUAUUUCGCUUUCGCUGCAUCCUAACAGGAAUUUGCUCAUACUUUCACUGUAUGAGCCAAUGGAAAACCAUUUGAAAUGUUUUCCGAGGUUUCCACUUGAGAUUCAUGACUUCCUGCACAGUUAUCAUGCCUACUUUGUUUCUCAUUUGAACGUUGGGUCUUAUAUUUAUGCUGAAAUUUUUAUUUUAAUUACUGAGCAGCACCCAAAUCUGGUCAUUCGAGGUUUUCUAAGCCCGAGAAUAAAGGUGAGAACAGACUAGCACGGACUCCCCAUGUGGCUUUUGUGGUCGUGUCGAACUAUAGCCUUCAAAUUACAUUUUUGCUCUCACGAGCGUGAUUUUCCUUUUUGUGAGAGAUGAUCGGAGGUUUUUAAAGAUUGCCUCCAGCAAGGGCUGAAUCCAAUGUUCCAUCGAUAUUCGUUUUAAAUUUUUAACUGCCGAGUGGUACGUUGUAACCUUUUGGAUUUUGUGUAUAUGUAAGAGCCGAUUGCCUAGAAGCAAAGUUGACCUUGACAGAGAAAUUUCUAUGAUGUUUUCUAGGUACCCUCUUGCUUUGAAGCUUUGUUUGAAUUUUAAAAGACACGGAGAGCUUGUUCUAAGCAAUCUGAUUGCUUGGCCUUCAAUGAAACUAUGUUUUACGCCUGGUGGGUGGCAUUUGGCGAAGUGCGUAAAUUGAAAGGUCUCGGUCGGCUUGUAAUGGGUUUUGAAGUCCAAGUUGGAUUUUUUGCGAAUCUCUCUCCUUUAAACACCAUGGUAUCGAGGAAGGUGAUUUUGUUCUCUGAUAUUUCGGCCGUGAAUUUGAUUGUAGUGUGGAAAUAGUUAGCUCGUUUAAUAAACUAUCUACUUCUUCCCUGUUUUAAUCUCAAAGGGAAAAAACGUCAUCAGUGUAAUGUUUCCAUUCUCUUGGCCUGGUUUCGCAUUGUUGGAUUGAUUUCGUUUCAAUUUUCGCCAUGGAAAUAUUGGCAAAUGACAUUGCCCAUUUUCGUUUGGGCCAGGGAAGUUCUCCUCAUUGAAUUAAAACAAAUUUUCUUUGAAAGAUUAAGCCAAGCAUUUCUCUGAGGUGACGCGUUGGGAUCGGUGCGUUAUGGUCGUUGAGCUUUUCGUAUGCUUCACAAAGAAUAUUCGUUCCUUCUUCUUGAGGUAUAUUUGUGUACAAGCUAGAAACGUUCAUUGACACUAGAAUAGUAUCUUUGCCUACCUUUGUUUUUUCUAUGAAAUUGUGAAAAGCAGUGGCAUCCUUCAUAUAGGAUUGUUGCAAUUGCGCCAUAGUCUGGGGCAGUGUCUACACAAAAGAUGAUUUUUUUUCGGUGGGGCCGUCGCAUCCUGAGAUUAAAGGUUUACCGACCAGUAUAGCCAUGUGUAUUAUCGUGAGCUUAUAGAAUAUUGGUAUUAUAAGCGGAUUAGGAGUUUGUGAAAGCCAUUUGUUCGUCAUGUCAUCGAUGUGUUUGCCCUGACGCAUUCGGUCAAUGAUCUCACUAACCCUUUUCUGCGUGUUUUUCACCAUCGGCGCUCUGAAAGGUUGUAGUUGUAGUUGUAUUCAUGAUGACUGUUGUAUCUUUGUUUGCUUUUUUGAGGUUUAAAACAGAAUUGUUUCUCAACUCUUUUAAAGCCAUAACCUCAUUGCAUGACAAUUUAUUUUUUAGCUUAGUUACAGUAAUCUCUGCAAGUUGUGUUUUGACAUUUUCUUAGUCGCUCUCAUGGGCAAUAGAAGGCUGAACCGGUGGCAUCCAGUUGGAUUUAAUAUGAAACGGAUGUGCUUCUUUGUUUUGUCCGUGAAAGAUGUUUUGGAGGUGCACUCGUCUUGCAAAUUGCAAAUUAUUCAAAAUCUUGCAAGAGUUGUUGUCUAAUUUUACAUUCGUUUGUCACGGGUGUUGGGAUGAAUUUGAGAGACAUUUUAGGAAUGUUUCAUUUGUCUCCUUUUCUUUGGCUUAAAGCCUAUAUUUUAAAGUGUGUCUACGCCCUUUGUGUCUUAUGCUUUUUGUUCUGCUUCCGCUGUUAAAGCCAGAUUUUUUAGAGUCAGAGAUUAUGUCAUGUUACCGUUUCAUUACUCGCGCAUAAUUACACCACAUUCAAAAGUUCCCGUAUCAACGCGUGCUUGGGGUGUGAAUAAAUUAGUUCAUCAUGGCUGCGCAUGUGCUUAUUCUUCUUCAAUCUAGAAAAGUAUACUACUUAACAUGGUGUCAGGACCGUUUUUUACAGCGAGCCAGCUUCUCGUAGAUACAACUGCCAUUCAACCAUUGAAUAGCUUCUUCGGCAACAUCUCAAACCUUCACCAACAUUUCACAAUUGCACUAUGUCGAAGCACGCAAAGUCUAUCCUCGAUGUACAAGCCGUGCGACCAGACCGUGACAAUAACCGUUACUGGGAGACCAGAUUUCAUGAUUAAUGUUUACUCGAAGGUUACCGAAACCCCGCUAAAAGCAGAAUCACCGAGAUUGAGGACCAUUACAUCGUCGCUAAGAGACCCUUCGAGUUAGCAAUUCCUUCAACUGAAUGGGACACCUUGCACAUCGAAAUCACUUCUAAGAUAUCGAACGAUGAUGCUGUAAAAAACUGAGAUUGGCUUCAAAAAAUCAAAGAACAUUACGCUGGUGCAUUUAGUUUGAUGCAAGUCCGCUACCAAACCUCCAUUUCAACGUAAGAAACCAUUAUACGUACUGCCGUCGGGCGAUGAUCGUUUGGCGUAAACGCGCAAGAAUUUAUGAGAGGUAAGUUUCUCUUCGGUCUCAAUGAAUCCUUCAGUCGCUUCCGAAAAGAUAUAUUUUACAGAGAUGGCCAACGGAAACCGGAGAAUCCCCCUUUCACCCCGGCGUUCGUGGUGAGUCAAGUUAUAUCGUUUGAGGCGGCACAACAUACAAACAAGCUUUUGGCUAAUUCCACCACAGAAGAACAAGUUCACUCUCCCACUUCCACGACAGCGCACAAAUUGGUCAAAAAACCUCCGGGCAGAUCAAGACCUGGAACGUUCCUUGACAGAUAUUACUUUUUAUGUGGCAGCAUGCAGUAACACUACCGCGACAUAUGCCCAGCUUCAGGCCACACUUGCAGAUGUUGUCACAAAACUGAUCACUUUGCAGGCUUCUGUCAACAGGUUGCCAAAAGAACGGAGCCUCUGGACCUGCCUCCCAUACACCUACCCCCCGGGUCCCGGACGGGAAUACAUGAGAUUGGUGGAACAAGAAGAGUACUCCUACACCCUUCCCGUGGAAGGCAUACAGUAUUAGAACUGCUUCACCAUCUUAAGCGGGUAAUCCCCUAACACUGGCGUCCCUACAACGGCCCCACCCUCUGGCAAAGGCCAUUUCGCCUGGCUUCUUUUGGAGGAACCAGUCUCAAACUGUAGAGCGCAAAUUCUUUUCCAAAUAAAUUCCGCAGCCUCUUGCAACACUCUUCUAUCCUGCUACUUUUCCAGCAUAUCCUGGGCCAAGAUUCUACCAUCCGAAACUGUGAUACCACCCUAUGACAGUCCAACAACCAGAUCCAUUGGCCAACUUACCCUCCAAGCCAGUAAAGGUAAAUUCACGAGUAACCUCACCUUCCUAGUCAUUUUCACUGACCAACCAGCCUUACUCAGUACAGAGGCAAGCAUAGCACUUGAUGUGCUGACUAUGCAUGCGGACUUCAUGAGGAAAUGCUCCAUAAGUAACCCUCCCCAGCCACUGCUGACUGAACCUGACAGCCAUCAGGAAUCAGCAGCUGGGCCCCCUUUACCACCCCCGGAUACGUCAAUGCGAGUCUGGCCUACACUAAGGACUUGAACUCUGGAACUCAUUUCCAAGAACUGAACCUCGCUCUUUCAAGGUCUGGGAUUCCUCAGCCUACCCGUCGAUCUCGACUUGGAUCCAGAUGUCAAACCCAUCCAUGCCCCCAUUCCAUGUGAACCCAUUUCAAAGCUGGAUGCAAUCAAAGCGGCCCUGGAUGCGUAUGAAACCACUGGCCAGCUAGUAAGGGUAUCUCAACCGAGAGCCAAAACCAAUCCCAACCAAACCGGGAAAAAUACGGAGCUGCUUAGAACCUUCUUAGACCCUCAAUAAAGCCAUUCGAUGUCCAAAGUACAUCAUUUCCACCUUGGAAGAAAACAUCCACUAGCUGCAUGGAAGGAAUAGAUGUAAAGAGGCAAACCAUCCCCUUGUCCUUAAGAUCAUCUCUGAUUACCACAAUGUUCACACCAUGGGGUCGCUACAGAUGAACUAGGCUACCAUUAGUCAUAUCCUCUGCAUCAAAAGAACGGCAGUGCCAAAUUCAUAUGGUGCUUGAUGGCCUCCUAAGCUUCAGUAUUACUCACGUCAUCUUAAUCCCUGGCUGCAGCGUCAAUAACAUGGAAGCCAGAAUCGACCACGACCGCAGCCUUAUCGCCGUGCUUGAGGGAUUUGAACAACGUCAUGUCAAGGUAAAUGUCAACAAGAUGAAAUUCCUUAUUUGCAAAGCCACUUUCAUGAGCCAUGUUACCACUACGGAUGGCCUCCAGCCCAACCCUGUCACAGUUAAAGCUAUGAUCAACAUGCCCACUCCAACCGAAAAGCAAGCAGUGCGCCGAUUCCUACGGGAUAUUAAUUACCUGGCCAAAUUCUGUUCCGAACUUAACAGCGUCACCCAACUUCAAUACAACCUCAUCAAAGAGGACAUGCCAUUACUGUGGUCAACAAGGCACCAGGAAGCCUUCGAUUCAGCAAAAGCCCUAGCCACCUCUGCAGCAUGCCUGGCAUACUUUGACGUAACUGCGCCACUGAUCCUUCAAGUGGACGCCUCAGACUAUGGCCAAGGAGCUGCCCUCUUACAAAACAUCAAACCACACAGUAGCAGCCCCCUUGACGAGUCUUCUCUACGACCCAUUGCGUACUGCAAAAGGCCGAAUCACUACCGAAGAGUGCUAUACCUGGCUAUUGUUGAAGCCCUCAACACAUUCGAGGAAUUGCUUUUAGGAAAAUCCAACAGAGUCUAUACAGACCACCAACUCUUUCAGUCAAUCUUCAAGAAGGACCUCGCCUUAGCACCUAAGUGUCUGCAAAAGAUGUUGCUUUUCCUAAAGCGUUACAAUUUUACUAUAGUGUAUAGAAAAGGUUCUCUCUUGAAUUUAGCAGACAAUCUAUCCAGAACCCAUGUCAAGACGAAGCCGUAAACCCAUUUAUGUCGGACACCUUCCCAGUGUUUCACGUUCAUCUUGCUCGCUUGGACCCCAACCCACUGGCCCUCACCAAUACCACUCUCGAGUUAUGUUUUUGCUCUCAGAAGUAUGUCUCGAUAAGUUCAUAGCAAACCCUUCGGCAUCGCGCCAAAUACCAAAUUAAUUAGUUUACCUUAACCAAAUGUUAACUUGAGCAUUCGAAGUAAUUAUAGAGAAAGGUAGAAAUAGAGACUGCACCACUGUCUUACAUACUUUAUUUGGGUAAAUGAUCCAAACAUGUCUUCUAUGGUUGUUUAUCAAAUGUUUUUGUUUAAAACUUUGUAAGUGGAUGGUGGCUGGAGUGAGUGGAACUCCUGGAGUAUCUGUACCAAGCCAGUUGGUGGUAUACAAACCAGACAGAGAGAAUGCGCCAAUCCAGAACCAGCAUAUGGUGGGAAAUACUGCGAUGGGACCGGAGCACUGCUGAGAGAAUGUAGCAACAUGUCCAGUUGCCAAGAAGGUAACAUACAAAUUGCAGCUUUUCUGAUUUCAGUGGAUGAAAACUUCUUUGUUGAAACAAAAAAGAACAAAUACAGGAAUAAAAGUUAGAAUAAGAACAAAUGAAUGGAACUUCUGAGUUUUAACUUUAAUCACAUAAUCAUCCAGGCAAAGUAUAUGAAAUGCUCAAAUUAUCAAAAGUCAGGAGUUCAUUAUAAGUCAGAAAUCCUUCAUGAAUGCACAAACUCUGUACCUGUACGGAAUUCACCAUGCUUUUCUUUAAAGAAACAAAACAAAUCUCCAUUAUGAUUUGUACUACAAUAGGUACUAAAUUCUUGGCACAAGUUCUCGCUGAUAUUUGUGGUCGCCCUGUAAGAAGUCUGCACUAUAUGCAUAAUGGCGAUUACGAAUUUCUUUUCGUUGCCCGUGAGCAAUACCCUUCUAGUCAAGCCAGUAAAGCUAACUAUCAUCUAUUGACAAGAAAUAUGUUUGACAAUGCGAGGGCCUCAGUUUUGGCAUUGAGCAGCUGGCAAAGAAAAUCAUUUUAGCUAAACAGAAAAUUCUUCCACCAUAAACUGAAAAGAAAUCUUUCAGCAAUGCAAGGACUACUGUUACUAGGUAAUUAUAUGGCGACAUCAUCGACACAAGAAUUUACCUAAGCUUAAUUAGUCCACGCUGUUUACUGUUAUCCUUAUUUAUCUAUUGUUUUUUUUUUUUAAUAUUUGAAGAAUUUCCCCUGCGAUUUGAAACAGAGAAGAACCCAUCUGUCGGUACAAUGAAGAUAUUCUCAAACAGCAGUUGGCAAAAGCUUUGUACCAGUCAAUGGGAUGAAGCAGAUGAAAAUUCAACCUGCAUGGCCAUGGGCUAUUAUGACAACGGCGUCUUUGCUAAUUACACGUGGUACGCAGAACGUGGCAAUGCUUCAGAGAUGUCCACUGACUACAACUGUACCAUUCCGACCAGAUGUCAAAACAACUUGGAAAAUAAACAACAAAUUUGCAAAGGUAAUAAUGAAUUGCACUCAUUUAAUAUCCGCAUGAUCUCCAAAGAUGGUAACUUGAUAGAUUUACUCACACUCCGGUGAUUAAAACUUUCCCGAGAUCAAUGAUUGCUCAUCUUCGGGUAUCUUUAGGUUCUAAAAAGGUAUGUAUCGCUAAAAAUCUGGCGGGUUUGUUUACGCCCUGAGGCGAUUACAGUUGAAUUGCUGCCGAAAGAAGAACCUAACUGCGCAGUUAUGCAUUUCGGUUUCAUGACCUUCACAACCUCCAAACCCUUCACUAAGUUUCCUUAAAACUUUAACAUCCCUCUAGUUUCCUUUUUUCUCUCUCUUUCGUGAAACUAAGGAAUUUUACAAUUUUCACCCUACUUUUACUUAACUAAAUGCCUUUUUCUUGAUAAUUGCAUGAGAAAUGCUUUAAUAAUGACGUUCUAAUUUAAAAUGUAAAUCACCCUAUUGUGUUCGCCGAAAGUAAACACUUUUAGGCUAAGAAGACACGUCUUGAAUGUUCUAACAUUUUUUUUUUAAAAAUCUUGUUUCACAAUUUAAAGCACAGUCACGAAGCAAUGUAAAAGAGGUUCGUCGUAAAACAUCGCUGCAAGGAAACUAUGUAAAUGUCGUGAACUACAUCGGACAAAGAACGAUAUAUCCAACGUACGAAUACUGAUUAAUUUACACCUAGAAUUUCCCUUAAAACUAAACACUUAGACUGGCAUGAACUAUUUAUCCUUUCGUGAUUUAAAGGCAUUCUUGAUUCGUGAUAACAAGUAUUUUCCAUCUUAAUGGAUUACAAUUUUUGUAAUUCCAUAAGUUCCUGUUCGCUUGAAUGGCGCAAAUGUGGAGUAUGGAGGAAGAGUGGAAGUGUUUUACAAGGGGAAAUGGGCAAAGAUAUGUAGGAAUAAAUGGGACUUUAAUGAUGUCAAAGUUAUUUGUCGUCAACUUGGCUUUGAAGAGGCUUUAGCGGAAUUUAUUGGGUCAGACAUAAAGGCUGAGGGAAUACCUUUUGCAAUGUCCGAUGUCUCUUGCGCUGGAGAGGAGUUUGAACUUGCAUCAUGCGAUCGCAUCGAUGGAAAGUUAAACAUUCCACCUCAAUGUCAAGCGGAUCACAAGGGUUCUCAAGCGUUGUGUCAACCAAGUAAGCAACUAAAUUUUUAGGUCUGAUUAGUUAUUCUGAUUUUCGUGAUUGUCUUUCUUCUUCCCACUGACCUUCUAAAGUGGAAGGUUCAGGGUGACAUGACUUGGUUUAAGGGUAACAUGAGUCGACUUAAAAUGACUUAGAUGAUUUUGAUUUUACAACCGAGUUGAUAAUGUAAAUUUGCCCCCGUAAAGAGUUUCAAAGCUAAAUUUCGUUAGCCCUUCGUCAUGGUGGGUGUUAUACUCCCCCACCGACGCAACGCCACAGUUUCUUUAAGAACUUACCCUCCUUAUAGAUGAUUCAACUUGGUCUUGAGGUGAAAAGAUGUUAGCUAGGGUGUACAUGACUUUCAUGAAGGUGAUAUGACUGCUCAUAAGAUCACCUGACUUCAGUUAAGGGUUACCUAAUGGCUAACAGGAUUUUGUUUGGAGUAUUGUAACUAAGUUUAAAAUACGACAUUGUUAAAAACAUUUCUCAAUUUAAGCUUUAGCACAGGCAAAUAUAUUCAACUAUUCUAUCUCUUCUUGUAGUGUUUAAUACAAAAAAUUUGAUUUAUUUUGAUAAAAUCUUCUAAACUGAACUAUUUUUUUGCAGAAAACCAGAAAGUGUUGAAAAGAGAUGAACUCUAUUUUGAUAUUGGUAGCAGAGAAAAGCUUCACUGUUCUAUACACAAUAAAACCACUCAUGCUAGGUGGGUCAUUAAUAGGCAAAAGCUUGAAAUAACAAACUCUACUUCUGAAAGGAUCAGGGCUGAAGACAAUGGUGAUCUGUUCAUUGAUGACGUGCAGCUAUCUGAUGGAGGAAUAUAUGAAUGCCAGAGAUUGGAAUAUGUUCAAUAUUACAUUGUCUACAUUAAUGGUAUGAAAACGCAUCUUUUUAUCUUGUAUAAAUAGGCUUAACAUAUAGGACAAUGCCAUGUAAGACAAGUACACUUCUGACUUUUCAACAGUAUAGCUGUGAUAUUGGUGCUUUUCAUUACUGCUUUCAACAGCAAGAUUUACUCAAAAGACGUUGGACCAACAAACCUUUAUUGCGUACACGUCUGGAAUUAUAAGCUGUAGUGCUGAUGGAACACCGAGUCCACAGAUUUCUUGGAGUAAGAAAGGAGGAAAGUCCUUAGACCCGAAACGAUUCACUCAAGUAUCCAACGGCAGCCUGCGUAUUGGUUUUGUAAAGCCUGAAGACAAUGGAACAUUCACCUGUACCAUGAAACAAACUAAAGGACCACAGAGGGUCACAAGCAGAGAUAAAAACAUAGUAGUGACAGUUAUAGGUGAGUGACCAAUGAGAUGAUAUAUAGAAAGUCAUAAAGUCAGUUCUUCAAAUGUAAUGAAUUUAAUUUACUCAGUUUCAAAACCUUUUCGCUGUUCAUAUCCGCAGCCAUGCGAGGCGACAUUUUAUCGUGGAUAUGUUUGUUGAUUACGGUUGUUUUAAAGUAGGGUGUCCUGUUAAAAGAACUCAGAGUAAGCGCCCUUUGAUGAAGCUCAUAGUUUCUUUUCAAGCUGGUAAUGUGCUUAAAACGACUUCGGUUGGUCAUGGUGACGAAUUCAAUUUCUGAAUGCAUUAUAAUCGUUUAUCUCGCCAUUAAGUUACUUUGGAUGUGGAUUGUGACUUUUUGACUGCAUAUUGUGUCUUCUUCGUGUUAUAAGGUCGGUAGAUAUGCAUGACCUUAUGAACACUCUGUUUGACUGUGAUUGGCUAGAAUCCCACACAGGCCUCGAUUGCCACACUUUGACUAAAUGUUCUUUCUGAGUCCACUGUCGCAAAGUUAUUAUGUUUGUGUUUCUUGUGGUCCGCAUCCAUGUUUCCGGGAUGUCUACCCCAAUGUUCAAUUUAUGUUGUAACAUGCGAAAUCUUACGUGGAUGGCCUCUUUUACCCUGCGUGUAUAAUAAUAGGAUCACAAUCAAUGUACUCUACUACUGUCCAGAGCAGGUGGUUUCCAGGUAUCUUCUGAAACUGCAGAGGCCUUUGUCUAAGCAUGUCGUUUCUCCAUCUGCCAUAUCACUCGUUUAACCAUUACUUGCAUGGGACUGCAUGUUCCGCUGAUGUAAACUUCGCAUUACUCACAGGGAAUCUUUUAGACCUCGGACUCUUGUUUUAAAGAUGCAGUACCAUGGAUGGCGAGUGACUUGUUACUAUUUAUAACAUCAGUGAAGUGAAUGGAAUGCUUUCGGUUCUUCAAAUGCUGUAGCAAACUAUCAGCGUUUUCGCGAACCAAGAUUAUAGGGUGAUAAGGUUAUCGAAUGCUCCUAAAACUCUAUAGCAAUAACAGGGUAGACCAUACUCUCCAUGGCUGCGCCUUCUGUCUUUCGUAAACUGGUCCGAGAUAAUAGGAGUAUGUAGACCUCAAUACGAAGUUAUGUCCGCGAUCUGACAAAUGAUUAUAUUUCAUAUAAAGCGCUGGUGUCAUUAUCAAAUGUUCAUUAUGUUAAGUUAUGGCGUUUAAUGUGUUCUGUGUAAAUGAUAUUGGAAUACCUCCGAUUUUCCAAGGACAUGUUAUUUAUUUACCUCCUAGUUCGACCAAAAGUGGAUAUUUCUGGAGGAAGCAAUCUCAUCAUAGAAGGAAACAGUGUGAACUUGACGUGUAAAGUUGUGGAGGGUCGGCCUGAACCUCGGAUCACAUGGCUCAAGAAUAAUACAUUGCAAGGACAGAGUUUGUCUCUCUUCUUUUCUGAGAUAACAAAGGAGGAAGAAGGGCGGUACACUUGUAAGGGAGAGAAUGCAGCAGGCUUUGACACCAAAGACAUUGACAUUUCUGUAAAAGGUGUGUUCGUCAAGUGUACAGUAAUUCUUCAUACAACUUGAUUAGUUAUUUAUUGCAAAGAACUGGAAAGUCUUUACACUUGUUCGUUUGUUCCUGCUCUAAAAAUAUGAUGGUUUCAUGGCUAAGCUUGUAAUAUAGCAUGACUAACAUGGUUUUUGGAAGCAUUUGUUUGAAAUGAUCAAAAAAUGGUGCAUCGAAUUCUUCUUUUUUAAAUUGUUAUUUAUUAGUUUUUUUUAUAUUUCUUAUUUCUUAUUUUUGCGGGUGGAGGGAGGGGGGAGGCUUUGGGUGGCUUAUAAUUUUGUAAUUUGUAUUUAUAUGCUUACUUUGCAGUUCCACCCCGUGUUAGUGAUGAGUUAAGAAAUUUCACCAUUGCAUUUAAUUCCACAUUUACAAAAGAGUGUUAUUUGAGAGGUGACCCACAAGUAUAUGUCAACUGGACCAAGGAUGGAGUGCUACUUAAUAAAAGCAACACCUUAGUUAUUGGACAAGUGACGCUUGAAGAUAAAGGCUAUUAUGAAUGUACUGCUGAAAAUGAUUAUGGAAAAGCAAACUCUUCCUUCUGGAUCGAUGUCACUGGUAAACUCUAUAUUGUAGUUUAUUUCAUUUAUCAAACUUGUAACUUAACGAAGCGUUUGUUUUUAAGCUUAAGCCAAAUUUAAAUAGACCUAUUUUUUCUUUCUCUUUUCAUCCUUUUCCUUUAAAAAUAUCGUUGGUCAAAAAUAGACUUGAACAUCGCGCUUUUUGUUUUGAUUUUUUGUCGUUGUUGUUGUUUCGUCGUUUUAUCAAAGAUUGGAUAAAUGGAGUUAAACUGGACUACACAAACCUUAUUAACUUUGGAUUUUUUAAAUUGAAGUAUCUCCACAGAUUAUAGAGCCUCCGAUAAACCAGUCUGUUACCGAAGGAAACUCUGUAAACUUUAGUUGUCGAGCCUCAGGUGUGCCAACACCAACAUUAGCCUGGGUUUUUAAUAAUGCUGACCUGCCAUCUGGUAUCAAUCAAUACAGUUACGAAGGAGAAUCAUUCCUGAAACUUUUAAGCGUUAAAAAAGGGAUGGAAGGGACUUACAAGUGUGAAGCGAAAAAUAAAGCAAAUACAACUAGUUCCUCUGCAACUCUGCGUGUUUACGGUAAGUUUAAUGUUAAUGACGAUAACGAUGAUGAUGACGCUGACCGUGAAGACGACGCCGACGAUAACCAUGGCGAUGACGAUGACGUGACACUGACACUGACAUGAUGCUGACGAGGAAAGUGACGAACGUGGACCAUGAUUUUAAUCAAUUGCUUUUUUCUUAAUGUAGGAAAAGCUUUAGCUCAAAUUGUUCCAGGUCAUUAUCCGGCACUCACAGCAGGAGACAACCUCACAUUGACCUGCAACGUCAACGAAGAAACAAUAAAUGUAACUUGGAAAAAAGAUGGAGACUCAGUACCCGAAAGGGCAAAGAUUGAUACACGAUUCGAUGACAAAAAGAGUACAUUUGCUAUAACUGGAGUUGUGAAGGAGGACAGUGGUGUGUAUUCUUGUGAGGCACGUAACAAGCUCGGUUUUGUUGCCCGUUCCCUUGUAAAAAUAAACGUCAAAGGUAAGCUGGUGUUACCGUUGUGUCUUAAAAAAAAACAUACAACUUUACCGAUUAAAAAAUACAUUUCCAAAUAGAUUAAAACUAUUUUUUAAUUAAAUACGAUACAAAUAUGGGUCACCUGACCCAUUUACAUGAAAUUUCCUUGCAUCGCUCUAUGAAAUUCAGGUAUUUCGUUUUUAAGAGCAGGUGUCAAUCACAGGCUAAAUAAUGUGCCAAGCUAUUCCAAAGCUAUUCCGAACAACUUGAAUUUUAUUAGUACUUUUACUACCGUCGAGAUUUGUCUAAUGGUCAUUUAUCUAUCUUACACAAUUAGCAAAGCAAGUGCAAAGUUUCAACACUUUGUGGUAUUACAUUGGUGGCUCAGUGGCGGCAGCGAUUGUCAUUUCGCUUGUCUGGUAUUUCUGCAAGCGUCGAAGGACAGGUGACGUCCAUUUUUCUUUGUUAUUUCAGAUUUCUUUGUCGAAAGUAAAAGAAGGAAAUAUUUAAACUUAUUUUGCAUGUCUACUGGGGGGAAGGAGAAUGAGGGGACACUAAGCUAAGAGUCUUAGAGUAGAAAUAUUUUUAUAAGAAUUACUCGCGUGCGGCCAAAAAAAUGCUAAUUGUAGAUUUUUUUCACGUCUGUAUAUGGUAUCAUCAUUAUAAUUUCCAUUACUGUUAACGGUGUUUGAUAAUAAUUCUAAAUUCAGCACAUAGCACGUCCCUCCUAAUUUAUGCAAAUUUAAUAUUAGUGCCAUUACAGAAAAAUUCUUUAAGAAUAUUCGAUUUCAUAAAUUAAUACAAACUUUUAUCUUCUUUAUCUCCUUCAUUUCAUUAUUUGGAAUUGCAGCUAUGGCUCUGUAAGUCAACUAUUUCACCUUUUAUUCAUCAAAUUCAUCAAAAAAAAAAACACCCGGCAUUACCUUCCUCAUGGGUCACCACCUUGCAUGAUGACGAUGACAAAAAUCAUAUCGCAGUGACUUUACAUUUAUCGUGUUUAUGAUGCAUUAUUAACAUUCAUCAAGCGCUGUUAGAAUCGGCUUCAUUAGUUCCUUUGUUUAAUUUUUUUUUAUUUCAAUAGUAUCUUCUACCUAUUCUCGGUUUGAUUAAUUUAUAGAUUGAUGCAUUGAAAUGCACGUAAAAUUUUCUGAUUUUAAAACCUACUGUUUCUUGUUUAAUUUUAACAAACGACGAAGCUAUUGUUGAACUUCAUCCGAUCGACAAAGUGUAUUCAAAUAACAAUAAUUACUGUUAUGUUUUGUAAUAAUUUAUGCUUCUGGUUUAGUAAAAACAUUGUUUUCCCACUAUCGGCAAGAGAGAUUAUCUCCCCAAUCAAUUUUUUUUCCUUCUGAUCUCUCUUUUCUUUUUAUCACUUUUCUUUGUUUUGAACCUGAAAGUAUACAAAGUAUACAAUGUUAAUUUCCAAUAUUUAGUCCUGACCAAGAGGAGGCAAUUCAGAUGGAGCCAUUGAAUGCAGGGGUAGAUGAGUGGGAGGUUGCGGUGAACCGUGUCCUGCUUCAAGACGUCAUUGGACGAGGGGCGUUUGGAGCCGUGUGGAGAGCUCUCCUGAGUUCGCCAAAUGGACAACCUGGCAAUCGAACAGUAGCCGCUAAAUGUUUCACGCGUAAGUCUCCUUCGAUUUGUUCUUGAUUUGUUCUUGUUCUCAACAUAUGAAAUAUAAAAGGUCACAGGUAUGGCAAGGUCAGUAGGGGGUGGGGGGGGGCUGAGUUGGGCAAUCUGCUAGCUUGGGGGAGAGGUGAGUUGGGCAAUCUGCUAUCUUCGAAAAUUAUCAUCCAAAUGGUAAUAAGAAGAAGUAAGGUUUGUAGCUCUACCGGAUUCUUUCUGGCUUGAACUUGCAUAGAACAAAUGUAUUAAUCAGAACGUGUCUCCAUUAAUGUAUACUUUUGUUUUAGCCACUGCUGGAGAGGAUGGAAGGAAAUGUUUGAUGAGAGAAAUUGAGCUGGGUAAACUUAUCGGUGAAAACGUUCCGCCAAACAUUGUAAAGUUCAUGGGCUGCGUUACGACACAAAGUAAGUACUAAGCGUACAACAUCUUUUCUAGGUAUAUUUUAUUAACGAUACUACAAAUGCUGAAUGAACCCUCUUAGGACCUCUUAACAUGAGUUCCGUAACUGGGAUGUUAAUGGAGCCAAGUUUGUCUUUUUUCGGUUUGGCAACCAGACUGUUUUUCUUCGAAAGCAUGUAUCCAACGAAAGUUCAUUAAGGUCUCGGUCGGAUAGCUUGAAAUCUCGUGAACGGAGCUAACCAGCUUAAUUUCUCCCUUUAACCUGUAGCAAAUAUUUGAAAGUAAAUUCUGAUGAAUGUAGAUGCUAAAAGAAUGAGUCCUUCGUGUAAGCUAAACUGCUUUAUGACGAGAGCUAUCAGGAAUAUACGGUAAGGAGCCUUGACAUAGGAUUUAUUUGCUUUUUCUCUUUUUUAACGUCACUUAAGUUCAUCCCAUACUCAUCAUGGAGUACUUGCCAUGUGGUGACCUACUUGGUUACCUGAGAAAAUGCCGAGGAGUGAGGGAUCGGUAUUAUCUUGGUGAGGGAAGAGCUCAGAAUUUGACCAACUACGAUCUUGUGCUGUUUGCCAAACAAAUAGCCGCCGGUAUGGUGUUCCUUGGAACGCGAGGUGUAAGUGGAAUACUUGUCACGUGUCAAUUCUAACUCAGAAAAAAUCUUUCAGAGAUUUAAACUUUUCAUUUUUCAACAGCUCAGAUUUUGGCCAACAUUUUUGAGUGCUUUUACAUUAGAGAAAUCUCUAAGUUUUUUUUAGCCAUAAUACUUUUUGUUGACAUUAGCAGGUCACUGCAGAUCUCAACAAAAUGAGCCAAGAGACGAGAGUAAGGUUCAUAAUAAUUCGGUUGCCGAGCCUCAAAAAAUCCUAGCUCUUAUUACCUGGAAUGGUAUAGAAUUAGGCUAAAAAAAGAAAAGACAAACUCAUGCAGCUGUCAAAGAUCGAGUAUGCGCUGAUGGUUCAUUUGGGCUAGUGGCGCGUCGUAUAAAUAAUCUGCGCUACAUACAUACAUACAUAUAUAAAUAUAUAUAUGUAUAUAAAACCUUAUUGCGACACUUAAAAACAAAACAAACAGAGGGAAAAAUGGAACUCCCUAAAAAUCUGUAGAAGAAAACAGAGGUAAAGAGAAAACAAUCUCGUCUUUUUCUUUCUUGGAACACAACGGGUCCUCCGUUGGCUUACCAUUUCUAAAUUUUAUUUUAUUAUCAUAAUUAUUAUGAUUAUCAGCAUAAUUAUUACUAUUAUCGUUAUCAUCGUUAUCAUUAUCGUUAAUUUCGCUGUUGUAAAAAAGUCAAAUUUGUUUUUUGAUAAAGAAAGAAGAAAUCUUAGUUUUGUCAACAUUAAAUCAUUAUAUAAAGCUGCCUUAGUUUCAGCCCCUUUAUUGUUCGAACAUACCCAGACGUUUAAUUCACAGCUGUAUUAUAUAAACCUACCGUUUCUUAACUCUUAUAUUCCGGCUCCUCAUCUUCUGAUAGAUCAUCCAUCGUGACCUGGCGGCUCGAAACAUUCUCCUCGAUAACAACUAUGUUUGCAAAGUGACGGACUUUGGUAUGGCAUAUCAAAGUUUCAAGUAUGGCCAUGGAAAUGCCAAAAAGGUAGAAAAAACUUUUUUGGUUGCUUUAGUGCGGUGUUUUCUGGAAAAAAGUUGGAAGCGUCAACAUAUUCUCUGCAUAAAGUAAAUGUACCUCGACUACCAACAGGGUUUUAUAGCUCACUUUUACUUACAAGAAAAAAGCAAAACAAAGCAGAGUUAGAAAUUAACAGAAUAAGUACUCUGGCCUGGGUAUCGGGAUAUGUCAAUUUCACUAGCGUUUUUUGUAGAAAGCCCUGUGAAAGGAGUUGCGUUUUCUGUUUUCCGUGACAACUUUACGAAGGCUAACAUUGGAUUGACUUAUAAGGGAACGACAAAUGUAGCUUUCUUUUCACAUUUUAACAUGUUUACGUUAUGUAGCUUCAUAUUUUUUCAAAGAUGGCUUUGAAAAAAAAUGUACAUAUGCUUUUGUAAGGCAAACAUUUAUUGUUUUUUUUUUCUAGGGAUGUUUGCCAAUCAAAUGGACGGCACCAGAGAUUCUGCUGGGAGAACUUGCUGGACUUUCCACCUUGAGUGAUGUGUAUGUAUAGAUAUGUAUAUUAAUCCACCAACCUAACAAACUGAUUACUUUUGGAUUUUUCUUCAUCAUUUCACGUCCAAAAUUCACUCAGCGAUUAACUGUAGAAUAUUUCUGAUAUGCUCUCGUCAGGUGGUCCUAUGGAAUCAAAUUCUGUAUGAGAUAGUUACCCUUGGUAAGCCAAGCUAUGUUCAGUCAAUACAUUUAACGCUUAGGACAGAAAUAUGCAAGCGCUAUAUAGAAGUAAUACCAUUUUUGUUACUAUUAUUUUAAUAAAGAUUUGUUUUACUUAAAGUGUAGCCAUCCAUCACUGUAAAAUUCUUUUUCGGAGCUAAUUAAUUCUUCAGUUCUCAUGUAAUGUUCCGUCCUGUAAUUUAGUUGUGACACGGUCACUGUAGAGUUCAUAUAUUAAGAAAUGUGACAUGCACUUGUUUUUAUCCUUUGACAGGAGGAAUUCCGUACGACGGAUGGUCAGAAGGCAUGGUGGUUGCAGAGGUCACAAAGGGAUAUCAGAUGCCAAAGCCCGAUCAUGUUGAUAAAAAACUGUGAGUUGCACUUUUUAAGAAUAAUACCAACGUGUUCCUAAAAAUAACUUAAGAUCCAAGACGACACAUUUACCGUUCUCAUUGAUGAAAUCUUUGCAAUAAAGCAAUUGGAACACAAUCAUAUCAGUAGGUUUCCGUUAUGUGAAUGUGAACCAGCAGCAUACCACACUCAGCUGAGAUACGGCGUGGACAAUUAUGACAUCAAAAUGUAUUUGAAAAACAUCAGAGCGGGUGAAGAAGUGCGAUAUUUUGGACGUCCCAGAACAAACUUGAACCAUUGCCUACACUAUUUUCAUUAUAAGGACAAACCUGAACCAUUGCCUAUACUAUUUUCAAUGAAAGGUUCCUGUAGGAGGACCUUAUUGGUAUUCUUUGCACAAUCCAUAAAAAGUUAGUUAAGAGUAGACCAUCAUUGUUAAAUUUCAGGUAUGAUAUCAUGAAAAGGUGCUGGAAUCGUAACCCUGACUUCCGUCCUCCUUUUGAAAACCUGCGACAAAGAAUGGACACAUACAUUCGUGAAGAGGUUCGUUUCUAGAAUUGACAACUUCCCAAUAUUUUAUGCAUUUUAAAGACUCGAAAACUUUUCAAACUUCUUACCUUGCCUCCAUGGGGCAAAUACUUGGUAGCCUUGGUUUUAUUUCCGUUCGCUCCAUAAAAGCCUCAGCUGAGACCAGUCAUAGUUCUGGUAGAGACAUUUUCCAGCCCGUCAGGCCAUUUACGAGCAUUUCCACUUGUUGGCUGCUACUGAUAUUUACGGCGGUUGUGAUCGUCCCUAGGGCAUAAAUCUGCUCAGUUCUACCCACCUACCUGCAACUUCUCUAUUUUCAGAGAGGAAAUAAGGAAUGCACUUAGUAUAUACGCGACUUUAACCCAAAGAGAUUCUCAGUAUGCCGGGGAAGUGAUCGCACUUUACAGCUUGACUUUUUUAGCUUUACUGUGUUUUAGCGCUCUGCAGCUAAUGUGUAACCCUCAUUUGUUACUUUCUUUUAAGACAUAUUUGGAACUUCUUGACAUGGGCGCUUAUGACAAGGCAAAAUACUCCAGGGUUGAAGAUCUCGGAGAUGAAGAUGCAGGACCAAGUGAGGAAGUUGCAAAGAAGACCUCAGCUAAGAGAUUGGGAAAAUGGGCCAGUGACCGUCGUUAGGGUACAUAAUCGUCACUUCUCGGUGCUAAACUAAGUGUAGAUUUGUGUUGGUUAAAUUUCUCUCCCUAUAAUUAUUAGAAGAACAUGUGAAAGCUUUGUCCUUGAUUGACAAAAUGAUAAUAAUAAAAGUACAAGAAACUAAUUAAUUAAUUCUUAAAGAAUGCCAUAAUAAAUAAUUUAAUCGGUGUCAGAAUAAGGAAUAUUGGAUAGAUAUGAAUUAAACUUCCGUAAUAGAUUAAAUCAGAAGAGAAAGAAAGAAACAAGCAAAAAACAACCUACUUGAAAAACGGCUCGUUUAUGCCGAUAGAUGUACUUGGCGAGCUUUUCAUUGUUUUAUUGUGAAACCAUUUACUAAAUUUGUUUGUGGCAGACCUAGUAAGAGAUCUCCUAACGGCGAUAUGAAAUUUGGUAAAAUUUUGUAGUUUGGUAAUGAAUUAGUCGUGUGGUAUUAACUAGCAUUAUCACUUAAUGAAGUAUCUUCUUUAAGUUACAUAUUUCAUCACUUCUAGUGAUUUGUUUAACUUUCAAGUUACCUUUAUUUGAAAACAAGCGAGAGCAUUGUUAUUGACAUUUACCGUUUUGCUGCUAGUGUUAAAUGCUUUUGUCAUAAACGGAGAGAACCGUCUUAAUAGAGUGGGAGUUAAUUCAAAUUAAGUGCUUUGGAUUCGUAUGAGAAAGAAAACGCCAUGUAAAGGGUUCAUAUUGUUUUGCUAUGGUAAAUGGAGUGCUUGUUUGAAAACCGGGCGAAAUGAGAGCACGGAUGAGCGUUUAAUUUUGUGCGCUAUCCAAACACAACAAGUUGUAUUUAACAUAAUGUAAAACACUCUAUUUAAUAUCUGCAAUAAAAAGAUUAGAGGCU